AUGAAGUUUUAUAAAUAUUAUCAUAAUGUAAAUUGUAGAAGAUUUAAUAGAGUCAGUUUAGAGGGUACCUACAUAAACUUUAAAAGAUUCAUUUGUCAUCAUUCUAAUAGUUUUUAUUUUUUAUUUAAUUCAUCUAUAUAUAAUAAAGGUGAUUGCAAUUUUAUAAAAAAUAAUCAUGCUAUUAUUAAAGAACAACAGAUAUGUAUAAAUAAAAAAAGGAAAAAUUCAACGUGCUAUAAUAAUAAAUUAUCAAAUGAGAAUCAUAAAAAUGAAGAUAUAAUAGUCAAUCACAAUGAAUCUAAUAUAGGUAACCUAAAUAAUGUAGUAGAUGAACAUUUUAAUUGUCAAUAUAUUGAAGAAAAAAUGUUUACACUUAUAACAAAAAAAAAUUGUGAACAGGAUAAUAUUAUAGACAUAUUAAAUUAUAUAUCAAAUGAUAAAUUUAAAAAUAAGAAAGCUUUUGUUUUUUUCUUAAGACAUUUAAUUAUGCUGUCUCAGUUAUAUAAAGAUAUUAUUAUUAUAAAUGACAAAAUAUAUAAUAAUUCACAUAUAGUAAAUUAUAUUAAAGAAUGUGUGAAUUUUAUUAUUAUAUCAAAAAAGGAUUAUUCUUUAAAUUCUUUAUUUAAAUAUUUUGAUCUUUUAUGCACUUUUCAUAUUAAUGAUAUCAGAUUAAUAAAAAAAAUAUUCUAUCUAAUAUUAUGUAACAAACAUUUUAAUGAUAUAGAAGAAAAAGUUAUUUAUGCUUAUUAUAUAAUACAACACUUAUAUAAUAACAAUAUUUUCAAUGAAUUCAUCUCUAUUUUAUUAACAAAUAAAUUACUUUUAAAAAUAAAUUUCUUACCAUUUAAACAAACAAUAAAUGACACCAAAAAUGAUUUUUUAAUCUUUUUUUUAUAUUAUAUAAUGCAUUCUUUAAAUAAUAAUAAUAAUAUAAAUAAAGAAAUAAUAAUUCAAACUUAUGUUACCUAUUAUAAUAAUGUGUUGGAAAAAAAUAUACAAUCGAUGAAAAAUAUAGUUAAUUUAAAUAUAUUAAACCAGUUACAACAUGUUUUAUUAAUGUCACAAUAUUAUGAUUCACAUUUUAAUAAUCUAAUUAAAAAAAAUAUACAAACAUAUUUUCCUUUUUUAAAUAUAUAUGACAUUAUCUUAGUAUCCACCAAUAUUUUUUUGAAUUUUACAACAAAUAAUGAAAUACUUUUAAGUAUAUCGACUGAUGAGAAUAUAAAAAAUACAAACAAACAUAUUGAACCAAAUAAUAAUAAUAAUAAUAAUAAUAAUAAUAAUAAUAAUAUUAAUGGUAACACUAAACAUUUUAAAAAUUAUUAUCACAAUUUUUUAUCAUUGAAAUAUUUAUCUGAUUCUAUCAUUAGAUCAUCUGAUAAUUAUAUUUCAUCUUUAAAUUAUAAUGAAAAUAUUGAAUAUGUCUAUAAAUUUCUUGUAUUGUCAUCAUAUUGCCAUUUUACUUUAUAUGCCAAUUGGUGGGCUGAUACUUCUAUAUAUUUCAAAUUAAAAAAAAAAACAAACAAACAAAAAAAGGUUUUAAGAAGUAGAUUGCCAUAUACAUUUCAUCUACAAGAAAAAAUAUCUCAUCUUUUAGAUUUUAUAUUUUAUAACUCAUCCUAUAGUAAUGAAUCUGAAAUGGAAAAUAUUCAAUUUGAAAGUGGAUAUCCAAAUAAGUUAAAUAUAAAAGAAAAUAUAAACAUAAAAAUAAAUGAAAAAAAAAAUACAUAUAAAUAUUCAAAUACAAAUAAGGUAGAGGAACAAAUUAUUCAAGAAAAUGAUAAAUUGUCAGAAUGUAAUAAUAAUAUUAAAUAUCAAAACAUUCAAAAUAAUGUUCAUUAUGACAAUGGUUCUAUUAACCAACGAAUAUAUUAUCCAUAUGAAUUAAUUAAAUGUAAAUCAAACAUUAUAGAUAUCAAAUAUUUAACAUAUGUUUUCAAAUCAUUUAUUAGAAUUUCUUUAUUUAAUCCAGAUUAUCUAAAAAAAAAAAAAAAAUUUAUUUUAUUACUUAAGAAUUCUUUUAUAUAUUAUAUCAACAGUUAUAUAUAUAAUUAUGAAAAUGAAGAAAAAAAUUUAAAUAAAAUAAAUGAUACUAAAUAUUUAAUAAAAAAAGAAGAACCACCUGGAAUAAAUAUAACGUGUAAUAAUAAUAUAUCCAUAUGUAAUAAAAACUUACAUGUGACAAAUAAUAUAAAAGAUGAUAAAAAAAAUAAUGCUUUGUAUAUUGAACCUUUCCAUUUUAAUAUAUAUGAAAAUGAUUUAAGUUUAUAUGAAAUAAGUUCUUUAUGUGAAUGCUUUUUUCUUGUUGAAUAUAUAAACAACCAAAAUUUAGAUAAUAUAAUAAACAAUAUAAAAGUUGUAAAGAAAAAUAGAAAAAAUAAACAAUAUAGACAAUAUAGACAAAAUAGUUGUGAUCUAAUUGUAGAAGAAGAAGAAUAUUUAAUAUCAAAUUGUGAUGAUAUAUUUGAAAAGAAUAUAUAUAUAUUUUUAGAUAAAAUGAAUAGAUUAAUAUUCAAAAAAAAACUAAACCUUACUAUAUAUAAAGAGGAUUAUAUAAAAAAUGUGUUAUUAAAAAAAUUUGUAUAUCAAGGAGAUAUAUUUUUUAAUUAUUAUUUAUUAUUAAGAUUAAUAUUACCUUUAUUAUUUAAUCAAUCUCAUCAUCAUUAUAUUUUAUUAACUAAGAAAAUCAUUAUACAUAUGAUGUCUUUAAUAUUUCAUAAAAAAAAUAUAAAAGAAACAAUUGAUGAAAAUAUAAAUAACAAUAUUUUAGAUAUUAAAAAUAUAAUCAAUAAUUAUAUCAAGUGGGAAGAUUCAUUUAUAUAUAUAAAUAAUCAAAGGAGAAUAAGAAAACAAACAAAAAUGAAAAGAAAUUUAUUAGAUUUUAUAUAUACAGGUGAGUUCAUUAGACCUUCAUCCAUACUUAUUCUGUGCUUAAAUGAAUUAAAAAAAUAUGAUGAUCUGUUUGAGCAGUUUAUAAAAAAUAUAUUUAAACAUGAUAAUAACUUAAAUGACAAUAAGGAAAACAUUUCAAAAUAUAUAGACGAAAUGUAUAAAAAAAUAAAAAGUAGGAUAAAAAAAAAAAAAAAAUAA